AUGGAUUCAAACUCAGACAAGUUGACUAGAGCGACAAGUAAUACAAGCCUAACUUCAACAGACGAUGAAUUUAUUUAUUUAAAUGGACCAAAAACAAGAGAAGUUGGCACAAUGACUGUUGAAAUUGAUUCAAUUUCUAAAAUUGAAGAAAGUAAAGUUGACAAGGAUGAAAAAUCGGAUAACAAUGUAGUCAAUGUGGGAACCAAUACAACUAGUGCUGGGGUCAGUAUUUUUUCAAUAAAUUUAGUCAGGGCAUUGCAGGCAAAGUUGGGGCGGUUUUCUUCUCACUCGCGACGUGCCGCCUGUUUACGUGCCAUCCAGUAA